AUGAUUUCUGCCUCUGUCCCCAAUGCAUCCUUCCAUCCUUCCCUGUUUAUUUUACUUGGAAUCCCCGGGAUGAGGGACCAGCACAUCUGGGCUGCCAUCCCCUUCUGCUCCAUGUACAUCCUUGCCCUGGUCGCGAACAGCGCCAUCCUCUACAUCGUCGCGAGGGAAAGAACUCUGCGCGAGCCAAUGUACCUCUUCCUGUGCCUGCUCUCCAUCACCGACGUCUUCCUCUGUUCAACCACGCUGCCCAAAAUGCUAGCAAUCUUCUGGCUCAAGUCCCAUGUAAUUUCCUACCGUGGCUGCCUCACCCAGAUGUUUUUUGUGCAUGCAAUCUUUGCCACGGAAUCAGCUGUUCUGCUGGCCAUGGCUUUUGACCGCUAUGUGGCCAUCUGCCGCCCCCUGCAUUACACAUCCAUCCUCAAUGCCGCAGUGAUCGGGAAGAUGGGUCUGGCAUGUGUGAUCCGUGGCUCUCUCUUUGUUUUCCCCUUUGUCGUCCUCAUCGAACGCUUGCCCUUCUGUGGACACCACAUCAUCUCCCACACCUACUGUGAGCACAUGGGCAUUGCCAAGCUGGCCUGUGCCAGCAUCAAGCCCAACACCAUUUACGGUCUCACGGUGGCCCUUUCGGUCACUGGCAUGGAUGCGGUCCUCAUCGCCACCUCCUACGGCUUGAUCCUGCGGGCGGUGCUGCGCCUGCCCUCGAAGGAUGCCCAAUGCCGAGCGUUUAGCACUUGCGGGGCCCACGUAUGUGUGAUCCUUGUAUUUUAUGUACCUGCCUUUUUUUCCUUUUUCACCCACCGCUUUGGCCACCAGGUACCUCCUCAUGUCCACAUCGUACUGGCAAAUCUCUAUCUCCUCUUACCCCCUGUCCUCAACCCCCUGGUCUACGGCGUUAACACCAAACAGAUCCGCCUGAGGAUUAUUGGCCUUUUUAUGGGGAGGAGGUAG